UGACGCUGGCAGUCUUCGAUUUCUGCUGGUUCUGCUGCUGUGAGGACGGCGGGCGGCAGUAGCUAAGAAAGAAGAAAGACGUGGCAGCGAGCGGGCGUCGGUGAUAGUGUCGGCGGUUCGGUAAAGUUUCUGUUUUCUGGGUUCCACUACUUUGGAGAUUUUCUCACACUCCACAUAGAGAAGGCCACCGACCUUAUUCCGAUUUGGGGAUAUUCCCUGCCCAAAAAUUUCCUGGAAAAUUGACUAGUAUUAAGUGCGUAAUAGAUUGGAACUCAGUGAAGACACACAGAUUCCUGUUGAGAGCAACCAGCUAAUGAUUACAUUUUAAAGACGAUUUCGGUGAUUGAGUUGACUUUUGGAAGAUUAAACCCAUUUCAGGAGGACUUGGAGCUGGUCCUCACCUUGAGGAAGUAGUGGCUUGUUUUCAAGAGCCACUGCUGAUCUGAGGUUCUACCCAGCAUGCCGAAUCAAGGAGAAGACUGCUAUUUUUUUUUCUAUUCUACAUGUACCAAAGGUGACAGCUGUCCUUUCCGUCACUGCGAAGCUGCACUAGGAAAUGAAACUGUUUGCACAUUAUGGCAAGAAGGACGCUGUUUCCGACAGGUGUGCAGGUUUCGGCACAUGGAGAUUGACAAAAAACGCAGUGAGAUUCCUUGUUAUUGGGAAAAUCAGCCAAUGGGAUGUCAAAAGCUAAACUGUGCUUUUCAUCACAACAGAGGACGUUAUGUUGAUGGCCUUUUCCUACCUCCAAGCAAAACUGUGUUGCCCACUGUGCCUGAGUCAGCAGAAGAGGACGUGAAGGCCAGCCCACUCACAGUUCAGCAGAGCAAAUUGUCUGUCCAGUCCAAUCCCUCCCCUCAGCUGCGAAGCGUUAUGAAAGUAGAAAGUUCAGAAAAUGUUCCUAGCCCCACACAUCCACCAGUUGUAAUCAAUGCUGCAGAUGAUGAUGAAGAUGAUGACGAUCAGUUCUCUGAGGAAGGUGAUGAAACCAAAACACCUACACUACCAACUCCCGAAGUUCAUAAUGGAUUACGAGUGGCUUCCACCCGGAAACCUGGGGUCAAUUUAAAGCAAGGUGAAUGUUUGAAUUUUGGAAUAAAAACUCUUGAGGAAAUUAAGUCAAAGAAAAUGAAGGAAAAAUCCAAGAAACAAGGUGAAGGUUCUUCGGGAGCUUCCAGUCUUUUACUUCAACCUCAGCCUAUUCCAAGUCCUGAAAAAGAGAACGUCCGGACUGUGGUGAGGACAGUAACUCUGUCCAGCAAACAAGGAGAAGAACCCUUGGUAAGAUUGAGUCUCGCUGAGAGACUGGGGAAGAGAAAGUUUUCAAUAGGUGGUGACAGCGAUCCUCCACUGAAGCGUAGCCUUGCACAGAGGCUAGGGAAGAAAGUUGAAGCUCCAGAAACAAACACUGACAAAGCACCAAAAAAAGUUCAAGUUUCCAAUUCUCUGAAGGAGCGAUUAGGCCUGUCAGCUGGUCCGAACGAGGAGGCAACAGAGAGAGUUACUAAAGUUGGUGAGAUCCAUGUGAAGACAUUAGAAGAAAUUCUUCUUGAAAAAGCUAGUCAAAAACGUGGAGAACUGCAAACCAAACUCAAGACAGAAGGACCUUCCAAAGGUGAUGAUUCUUCUUUAGGAACAAGAAGCUCCUCCUCCACUGUCCGAAUCAAAACCUUCUCUGAGGUCCUGGCGGAAAAGAAGCAUCGGCAGCAGGAAGCAGAGAGACAAAAAAGCAAAAAGGAUGUAACUGGCAUCACUCUAAAGACUGUUGGGGACAUUAAAAAAACAGUGGUUUUGCCACCCAUGGUUGUCAGCAAAGGACAAUUGGAGGAGCCUGCAGGUAGAACAAAGCCUAUACAGGAGGUGCAUAUCAAGACGCUGGAGGAAAUUAAACUGGAGAAGGCGCUGCGGGUGCAGCAGGGCUCUGAGAGCAGCACCAGUUCCCCGCCUCAGUCUGAGGCCAUCCCAGCAGCGCAGCGGUUUCCCCGAAUCACAAAAAAAACAGGUAUAAAAGAAGAAAAGAGACAUCAGGAAGGAAGUGAGGUUGCUUCUCAGAGCAGUGUUACUAGAACAGAGGCUAAAAAGGCCUCAGAUGAAACCACAGGAGUUGGCAUCAGUAAACUUCAAGUCAAGAGAUGUGACUCCAUGAGAGAGAAGCAUACGCAGAAACAGCCAGAGAGGGGCACCUCACAGAAGGAGAAGUCGGUUCUGAUGCUCCUGCAGGGAGACGUGGGCUCUUGCAAUACUCAGACCACAGAGAAGCCCAUGCUCGCUGCUGUGCCUGGCAUCCCACGGCACCUGACGAAGCGGCUUCGCACAAAGUCACCGCAGAAGGCGGAGGUGGAAACCUUAAGGAAAGGGGACUCAGCAUUGAAUGUGAAGUGUGCAGCACAGGCCUUGGGAAAAAAGGGUAAAGCUAAGCCCAAAGUGAAUGUGAAGCCAUCUGUGGUUAAAGUCGUCUCAUCCCCCAGAUUGGCCCCAAAACACAAGGCAGUGGAGAUGCACCCUGCUGCCGUGGCAGCUGUGAAGCCACUCGGCCCCAGCAGUCUCCUGCAGGAGCGCCCAGCCAAAAGAGCAGCUGUGGCUGUUGUCCCCCUCCUCUCUGAGGACAGAUCAGUCGCUGUGCCUGCGACAGAAAAACCUAGAGACAGUCUUGUGCGGCCUCCAACCCAACCCUCUUCAGAUCCCACCCCACUAGAAAUAUCUGGCCCUUCUUCAUCCCAAAUGGCCACAAAAACUCGCCGACUUAGCUCUGCCUCAACAGGAAAGCCCCCCCUUUCUGUGGAGGAUGAUUUUGAGAAAUUAAUAUGGGAGAUUUCAGGAGGCAAAUUAGAAGCUGAGAUUGACCUUGAUCCUGGGAAAGAUGAAGACGACCUUCUGCUUGAGCUGUCAGAAAUGAUUGAUAGCUGAAGGUGGUGGUAGAGCAUUUAAAACAAAAACAAACCAAUAAAAAACUGGACUUAGUUUCAUCAAUUACAACAUUUACCCAAAAUGAUCAUUUCUUUAGUCUAGAAUUUGCCCAAAUUGGAAGUGUACCUCUGAAUUACCUAUAUGUGUGCUGGAUUCCUUGGGGUCAGAUUUUUAAACUCCCUCGAUAACCAUUUGGUCCAUUUGAUGCCAUUGUUCAGUGUCUUAAGAGACAAAUGCUCUGUCUCACCCCCCUCUGCAGAAAGACUGAGAGGGGAUCCAGGCGAAAGGAUGCAAGAGAAUUUACUUGUGACUCCCUGAGGUGUUGAUCAGUUUGGGUUUUUUUCCCCUUUGCUGUAUGUCUUUUAUGUAUUGUCUUAAUGUACUUAAUGUUGUUGACCUGAAUUUGAAAAGGAUGAAGACAGCUGCUACCAUUAAGGACCAAAUUUCACACUACCACUAAACAAAAAAUCCACUCAGUCUGUGUUAAAUUGUAUGUCUUUUCAAAGGUAUUUGGAUAUUCAACUAAGCUUUAGAGCGGGCUGAGCAGUUCAGGAAGCUUAUAAUCUGGACAUCACUUUGGGGGCCAGAUUUUCAUGCUUCUGCUGCUCUGUAAGCCUCUGAAGAGCAAUAGCUAAUUUAUUAUUACUGUAAUUUUUUAAGGCUUUAAAGUGCCUCAGGGGUCCUCUGAAACUAAUUUUCUAUUUCUGGGAUUCCCUGGAUUCUUAUUAAUAAGAGAUGAUGACAUAAUGAUUAGAGGAAUUCUCUUUUUAGUAUGAAAGUUGUCCCUUCUCUUCAUACUUGCCUCCUGCUAGCAUUGAGUUAUCACAGGGAUGAUAAAAAUUCAUUAAUUUUGCUAUUUCUAACUCUCCCAGCAAAUAAGGCCCUCUUACCCAGUAUUUAUUUGGUGCCCUUUAACCACAAGAGGAAGAAAAUGAGCUCACUCAAGCUGCCAAUAUUUAUGGACUGUAGCAGUGCCCGGAAUCAUGACUAUUGAGAUGCCCUGGGGGUGUAUUGUAUACCUUCCAGUUUCUUCAUUUAUGAAUUGAAUUUUCUUUCUUGAUGUUGGUCUCCCUCAUACCACCUCAAGGUUUAGACUUGUGAAGGAACAAGUAUGAUGGGGUUACUAGUCUUGAAAGGAGACACAUUGUACAUAAUCAGAAGGAAGAGGAAAGGACUUGUCCCCGUGGGUGUUUUGCUCUAGGUGGCCAGUUCCGUAGAACUCUCACGGGAAUCUGACCCACCUGUCAUGUGGGCUCCUAAGGAACUGCUGUUGUAAGCGGCUCAUCAAGAGUGGAACGUCACAUAGCCUUGUGGGGAAUAUGGAAAAGGAAGGAAGCCACAGGACUGCCCAGUCUUGGGAAGAUCUGGAUGAUUCUGCACAAGCAAAAAUGACUUGAAAUUUAUGUAUAGACACCGUUCUACCAAUCCAUCUUCAGCUGACUGAAUGUUGUAUAAUAGCCCUUCUCCAAAGCAGAGGUGGAAUGUUCUGGUUUCAUCACAGAUUUUCUACUCAUUUCGUUUUUGGAAUCAGCCUGUAGAUUCCAAAUCCCUUUUGUAUAUAACCUUUAUGCUUUUCCCUUUUUAAAAGUACUUUUGUUUCAUAUUUAAAGUCCUUGUAUUAGUCAAUGAUUUAUGUUCAACAUUAUCUGAACCAUUUGCCAUUACAGAAAGAGAAAUACUUAUUUGUGUUUUAAAUAAAACUGGUGUCAGAAAGUCUUGA